AUGAAAUUCCUUUGGAGUUUAGAAAGCAUUGGUAUAACAGAUUCUCCCAAAACUACCAGAGAAGAAGAAGCUGUUAAAUAUUUUAAUGAAACUGUACAUUAUAACAAUGGCAGAUAUGAGGUCAAGUGGCCAUGGAUCCAAUACCCGCCUGAUUUACCAACCAAUUAUGGUUUAGCCUAUGGCAGGUUAAAAGGUUUACUGCGGAGAUCUGACGAGAGUACGCUCAGCGAGUAUGACCGAAUUAUAAAGGAACAAUUGGAUGCAAAAAUCAUCGAAGAAAUAGAACCUAAAACAGUACCUAUCUAUCAAGUAAGUCCUCCGGUACACUAUUUGCCACAUCAUAUAGUGAGACAAGAAGGAAAGAACGGGCGGAUCGUUUAUGAUGGUUCAGCAAAAAUAAAGGAAGGUAAUAGUUUAAAUGAAUGCAUGUACCGAGGUCCUUCGUUAUUAGAAGAUCUUACUGCGCUAUUGAUUAAAUUUAGAACCGGCAAAGUAGGAAUUACUGCAGAUGUUGAAAAGGCGUUCCUACAAAUUGGCCUCCAAAAUGAAGACAGAGACGUGACGAGAUUUCUCUGGGUUAAGGACCCUAGUAAAGAACUAACGGAUGAUAACAUACGCCAUUUCCGAUUUUGUAGAAUCCCGUUUGGGAUAAUUUCUAGUCCAUUCUUGCUAACAGCAUCAAUUCGAUACCAUAUAUCCAAAACAAAUGAAGCACUACUCACAAAAAUAGCAGACAAGUGCUAUGUUGAUAAUUUAGUGACAUCUGUUGAAUCCCUAGAUGAAGCUUUACGCUUGUAUGAUGAAACUAGGACAGUAUUUAAUGAGCUUUCAAUGAAUAUAAGAGACUGGGUGUCAAAUGAUAGUAAAUUUAUGGAGAAGAUCCCUAAGAACCAGUCUGGAAAUCAGUCAGGAAAAAUGAAAAUUCUGGGUCUAAUUUGGAACCUACAAGAUGACACUUUACAACUGAAAAUGGAAGAUAAGGCGCUUGAGACUCAAGCCAAUGAUGAACUAAACAAAAAGGAUAUCCUUAGAACUCUUGCUCGUGUCUAUGAUCCAUGUGGGUUUGCGUCACCUCUUAUUCUACCAGCUAAAUUACUGUUUCAAGACUUGUGCAUCCAGAAAUUUAAAUGGGACUCACCCUUACCAAUGAAUAUAGUUCAAAAAUGGAAGUCCAUUGUAGACAAAUUAAAGACAGCAAAAGAUAUAAAGAUCCCUAGAUAUGUGGCUGAAGACAUGCCGGUAGGUGCAAAACAAUAUGAACUUCAUGUCUUUACCGAUGCUUCCAAGUUCGCCUACUCAGCUGUUGCGUAUUUACGCACUCAUUGUAGAGGGACUAUUAAGACUGCGUUCUUAAUGUCAAAAUCGCGCGUGACACCUGUAGAAGACAAAGAAAACUUGAAGAUUCCCCGUCUGGAAUUACUGGGCUAUUUGAUAGGAAGCAGGUUGCUUAAGUACUUGAAGGAUAACCUGAAUCUGACAAUUAAUAAGCAGUAUUUAUGGACGGACAGCCAAGUCGUGCUUUACUGGCUUAGAACUAACAACUUACUGCCACCCUUCGUAAAAAGACGCAUAGAUGAAAUAAAUCAACUAAGGGAUGUCGAGUUCUGUUACAUACACACUAACGAAAAUCCAGCCGAUUUAGGGACACGCCCGGAGCUAUGGGAAGAAAAGCAAGCCUCUUGGUUUACAGGGCCACCUUUCCUCGUAAAAGAUUCAAAAUUCUGGCCAAGUAACAGGUACUUAGAACAAAAUACUCUUCUUUCGGCCGGGGAGGCUCUGGACAGUAUAGAUGGUCCAGAAAUGGUACUGAAAGGGUAUGAAGUAGAACCACCUGCCUACCUUACGGGAGAAAUUCAGGAAGUAGAUGCCAGAAGUGAGACAGAAGUUAUUAAUGAUACUGAGACUGAAAUCGGUAUUACAGAAAUCUUGGAAGUACAAAAGAAACAUUUCCCUGAUGAGAUAAACGGGAAAAAGACAGCGUUAAUGAGAAGCCUUGAUCUGUUCCUAGAUGUGGAUGGAAUCUUGCGGUGUGGUGGACGUAUGAAACAUACGAAUUGGUCUUAUGAUAAGAAGCAUCCAAUACUUAUUCCAAAAAACUCCGAGUUUACCAACAGGGUUAUACAAGAAGUACACGAAAAGAACUACCAUGUAGGCCCACCUCAUACUUUGAAUAUUAUUCGAGAGCACUAUUGGAUUCCGCAAGGUAAAGCUCAAGUAAUGAAGGUCAUAAAAAAGUGUAAGAAAUGUUUGAAGCAAGGUGGAGGACCCUACAAAUUGCCCCAAACUGCAGCAUUGCCUCCCGAGCGAGUAAACUACAGCCCUCCCUUUACGUUUACUGGGGUUGAUUACUUCGGCCCAAUGUAUGUUAGCACCACAAAUGGAAACCAAGAAAAAAGAUGGGUCUGCCUUUUCACCUGUCUAGCAGUUCGUGCGAUACAUUUAGAACUAGUGAAAGAUUUAACAGCAGAGGAGUGUCUACUUGCAGUAAGACGAUUGGUGGCAGCUAGAGGCUCACCAAAUACAAUUAUAUCAGACAACGCUUUGCAAUUUAAGCUAACUUCCGAAAUACUAAUUAACUCUUACUGUACAGAAAAUAAAAUAAAAUGGAAAUUCAUUCCGCAGCUAGCCCCGUGGCACGGUGGUUUUUAUGAGCGGCUAGUUGGAAUUGUAAAACACUGUCUUAAAAGGACUCUGGAUAAGCAUUUAUUGAAUGACAGCCAAUUAGUCACUAUUAUCAAAGAAGUCGAAUCAGUGGUCAACACAAGACCUUUGACCAACGUAGGUGCUGAUAUGGAGUAUGUCUUGAAACCUGCAGAUUUCUUGACUCUAGGGAAAUGUUUGGAGCUGACUGCUUCAAGUAAUGUUACAGGUGUUGAUGGGACUGUUACAAAAAUGGAUCUUAUUCAAGGAUGGAAACGAGGCCAGACAAUCUUAGCAGAAUUUAAGAAAAUGUUUCAAGAACGAUAUCUGCCUAGCCUGCGUGAGAAACAUCGGGGAUCCAUAAAACAACCACGAGUAACUUCAGACCGAACUCCUCAGCUCGGAGACAUAGUACAGAUAAAAGAGGAACUGAAAAAUAGGAAUGCCUGGAAAGUUGGAAAGAUAACUUCAUUGAUAAAAGGUCAGGAUGGACAGUGCCGUGUAGCAAAAGUGAAAGUGGGUAAUACAGAAUUCACCAGGUCAGUCGGUCAUCUUUACCCACUAGAAGUUGACAACUACACUGAAGACACCCAAACUCCUGAGAUCUUAAAUCCGGUUAUUCCAGUUCCAUUGGAUCCAACUACAAACAAUGACCAAGUUGAGAUCAACAGUUUGCCAAUACCAAUACCAAUCGACAUUAACCCACAACAAAGCUCCGAGUACCCAAAACAACAUCCGGGAGAUGUGGCUGAUCCGGCCAACAAAGAAGUGACUGAUCCGGCAGAGGAAGAGGUAGCCAAUUCAGCCAAUGAAGAGGUACCUUAUCCAGUCGACGAAUGUGUGUCAGUACCCGAGGACAUAGUUAUGUCUGAACCAACCGCACAAGAUACGUCCAACAUGGGGGACGACACUGUCCGUAGGACAACGCCAGCGAGACAAGCAGCCAUUCGAGCGAGAGAAAAAAUCACCGAAUGGACGCGCAACCUAAUAAUCCUGCUGCAGUAG